GGGGCGUAGCUAGCAGCACCUUGCGGCUAGCGCAGCUGUCACCGCCGCUGUCACCUCUGCUUCUCCCUCUAGUUAGGAAGAUGACUGUGGGGAGGACUGCGGGAGGCCCCGAGUGCGCCGAGUGGAGCCGUGAGAUAUUUCCCCCCAAAUCAUCCUCCUCAGACACCGAGCUGGAAGAUGAGCCAUUUGGAGAAGGGCUGGUUUUGCCCAGAGCUGGCAAACUCCAUGAGUUCCUCAGCCCAGAGGAGGAGACGGAUUCUACUUCUGACUCCACAGGGAGCUUUCACAGAACCAUCCAGGUUCCGAGGCAGAGAGGGAGGUGGGAUCUCCUGGAGAGUCUCUUUCAGUCUGAUCUAGACAGUGAUCAGAAUGGCUCUGAGGAUGAGGAAAACUUGGAGAGCUUCUUCCAAGGCAAGAGCAGGGGGAAGCUACAGGUCCAGGACCCUCCAUCUCUCAGGAGUGGCUCCAUGAGACGCUGCAGCUCCUUGAUUAGACUUCCCUCUGACAUUCCCAAGGCUCAGACCCUGCCAACCUCAGACUCUGGACCUCCCUCCCAGCACAGAAGUGUUUGCUCUUGGGCCUCUUCCAUCACUGUGCCUCAACCAUUCCACAUGACACUGCGUGAGGCCCGGAAGAAAGCCCAGUGGCUGGCCUCACCUGCCUCUUUUGAGCAGGAAAGGCUCCAGGCCCAGAAGCAGGGCCAGGAAGAGGCAGAGUGCCACCGGCAGUUCCGGGCCCAGCCUGUGCCUGCGCACGUCUACCUGCCCCUGUAUCAGGAGAUCGUGGAGCGCAGAGAGGCAAGGAGGCGCGCCCGUAUUCAGCAGAGGAAGGAGCUGCUUCUCUCCUCCGUGAAGCCCUUCAGCUUCCUUGAAAAGAAAGAAGAGCAAAAGGAAGAUACUCCUCAGAGAGACUUAGCUGCCGUGGCUCAGACCAAGGUCCCCCCAAAGAAGGCCACUUCUAGAAAGAUCCCCAAGUCCAUUCUGGAACCAGCCCUUGGGGACAAACUCCAGGAAUCAGAGCUCCUCAGGAAAAUCCGAAUCCAGAUGAGAGCCAUGGACAUGCUACAGAUGUCUUCCUCUCCUAUCAGUGCCUCGAGUAACAGGGCUCCCCGAACGGCUACACGCACCCAGGAGGAAAAGCUGAGCUUUCUACAGACUGAGUUCGCAUUCCAGCCUCGGGUGAACCCCGAGGUCCCUGACUAUGAGGGCCUUUACAAGGCUUUCCAGAGAAGAGCUGCUGAGAGAAGGGAGACCCGGGAGACAACUCGAAAUAAGCCCUUCUUGCUAAGGACUGCCAACCUGUGUCACACUCCACGAUCCUGUGAUGCUGCUACUGCUGGAGGAGGGAGGAUGAGAACCCAGAAGUCCCCUCAGCCAACAGCUACACCCCUGCCAAGCAGUCGUUCUCUGAGUGGCCUUGCUUCUUUUUCUGUAAACACCCUCCCUGUGCACAUCACAGAUGCUACCAGGAAGCGGGAAUCUGCAGUCCGAAUGUCACUUGAAAAGAAGGACAAAUCAGACAUGAGCAUUCAGUGGUUGGAGAUGCACAAAAAGAACUGUCAAGCCAUGUCUAAAUCAGUGACCCUGCGGGCAAAAGCCAUGGAUCCCCACAAAAGCCUGGAAGAGGUGUUCAAAGCGAAGCUUAAGGAGAACCGGAACAAUGACCGUAAGAGAGCAAAGGAAUACAAGAAAGAACUGGAGGAAAUGAGGAGACGAAUCCAAACCAGGCCCUAUCUCUUUGAACAAGUGACCAAGGCCCUGGCCCGGAAAGAAGCAGAGCAGCGCUACCGGGACACCCUGAGGCAGGCUGGCCUGGAGGAAGAGUUUGUAAGAACCAAGAGUCAAAGCACAGAGGCAGUGUGAUGUAAGGAGAAAGCCAAAGUCAAGCAUUCUCAUUGCAUCUACGAAACUAUAAAACUCAUCCUUGGAGGUUGACAGCAGGAUUUAGAAGGCUCUACAACUGCCUGCUGACCCCCGGCCAGAACAGCAAUGGCUUGAACAGCCAAUCAAUCAACUUGUGUAAAUGGUUCACUCAUCACAUCAGGUCAUCAAGCAGCCAACUAGGGGAGGAGCUUGAGUUUGCAGCCAAGGCCUCUGUUAGAGAAUGGGGGAACAGAAGGAAAUUUAGAGAUCAAAGUGGAGCAGAGGGUGGAGGUGCCCUAGACCAGUGUUAAAGGCUCUUGUUUUGCACUUGACAUUUAAGCAUAGGUAUAGAAAAUAAGGCAGAGCCCACCCAAUCAGGUAGGUAUAAGAGGGAAAGAGGUAGGAAGAUAGGUAGCAAUAAGGAAACGGAAAUCCGGGACAGACAGACCAAAUACAUCCUCACCAGCUUCCAGUAACCUGGAAUCUUGGCAACUAAUCAUGUCUGCAACCUUAAGUGCAGGCCUUAUCAUUAGUAUCUGACGCACUGGAACAAGUCAAUUUUUAUUGUUUGUAGGAUGUGUUUUUUUUUUAAAUAUUUAUUUUGUAUGAAAACACUAGAGCUGUCUUCAGACAAAUCUAAAAGAUGGCAUUGGAUCCCAUUACAGAUGGUUGUGAGUCACCAUGUGGUUGCUGGGAAUUGAACUCAGAACCUUUGGAAGAGCAAUCAGUGCUCUUAACCACUGAGCCAUCUCUCCAGCCUCCCCCGUAAGGAUGUUUUUUCCCUCACCCUUUGUAGCACCUCUCUUUAGGUUGUUGACAACCAAAAAUGUUUCCAGAUAUUGCGAAAUGGCCUCUAGAGAGCAAAAAUGUUGAGAAUCAGAUUGAGAAUCACUCCUGUAGAAAGCAGACUUGUAAUUUUGGAAAAACUUGACAAGUAAUAGCUAGGAACUGGUCUCUAUACUAGAGGAUAACUACGCAUGCCGACAGCAAAGGCAGAGCAGUUCUUUUCUACCAUUCUUUGAGAACACUGUUUGCAUGUGUGUGUCAGCACAAAGUUCAUUUUAAAUAAAGCUUCUUUGACCACUGA